AUGAUAGUCAAGCCUAAUGAGAUCAUUAAUAAAAAGAUCCCCAAGUAAAACGGCAAAAAAGAAUGUAAAUUUGAUGCUUAAAACUUCAAAAAAUCUAAUAAAAAUGGCAUUUAAGAUAAACUUAACAAAAGUCAUUCAAUUGAAUUUGAUCAAAUUAGAUCAGUUAAUCAUACUUUUAUUCAUCGCUAAAGACAACCUAAUCCAUUUAACAUAUCAACCAAUGAGAGCGAUGGACUGAAUACCUCAGGAUACGAUUCAAUUAGGGAAAAGCUCAAGACUGCUUUGAAUAUAAAACAGAAAAAUGGGGGAAUGAGUGCCUUGACUUAGAAUUGCAAUCAAGAUCUGAGUUUAAUGAUUAACAACUAUGAAAGUUAUGCUUAAAGAGUCAAGUUAAGGUAAACUGCUAUUAAUCAAUAGGGUAUAGCCUAAAUGAAGGAAUUAUAAGAUAAAGAUAUUUUGUAGGUUGACACUUCUUCACUACUAAAAUCGGCAAAUAAAGAAAUGAAAACAUUGCUAUUUACUUUGAACAAAGUGGUAAAUUCAGGUGAAGAAUAGCACAAAGAAAUAAACGAGCAUUAGCAUUUAGACAUCGAAGUAUUUGAAGGAAUAAACUAUAGCUUGAAAGCAAAUAUUUAUGAUAAAAAUGCUCCUGGACUCUUAACUUUUCAAUACCAUGAUAGUAAAGACUUAAUUGUCUAUAUAAGCAGAUAAAGCAAAGAGCCCAACGAAGAAAACAAUCAGGGAAAAUAUCAAAAUGAAAUAAUCAAAGAAUUAUCCUUGAAACCAGCAGAUACAAAUCAAAUUAAUCCAGGAGCAGUCACUCAAUAAUAGUUGUAAGUUGAUAGUAGUCAGCUUGUUAAUGGGAAUGCAAAAUAAAAAAAGAUGGCCUUAGAAAGACAAUUAAGGGCAUUUAUGACAGAUGAAAAGUCAUUUAAAGAAUUCAAAGAUAAAAUAAAGAGAGCUAAAAGACUAAGAGAACAGCUAGAAAUGUAAAAUCGAGAAAAAAACUUAUUCUUAAUUCACAGAUGGGAAUUUUACAAGGUUUAAGCUAAAGAGGAGUAAUAAAAGCUUGAAGAUUAUAAGAAACUAGUGUAACUAGUAGUAUUUUGGAACAAAUCCAUUGUAGCAGAUUAGGCUUUGAGAAAUGUUGCUAAUGGAAUUUACUCUAUUCGAGAAAAAUAAAUUAGCAAAUUUAGGCAUCAUUUUAGAAUUAAAAGAUUCCAAAGAAAAUGUAGGCAUUUUUUUCAGAAAAAAUGCUAGAAUCGAAACUAAAGAUUUGUAAACACAAUCAGAUACACAAUUAACAGUUUAGCCCAGUAAUAAAAAGAUACAAUAGAAACUAGGGCAAAAUAAACUUUCCUCGAUUUUUUAAGAGUUUAUUCAAAAAAGUUUUACAUAAAAAUUAAGAUAAAGCAGUUCUUUGAAAGAUUAAUUUCAAUCCAGGAAAGAUUUUCUCUCUAUGUCAAACAAAUGAAGCAACGAAUGGAAGUGCUUAAGAAGUAUUUCGAUCAAGAACAACAAAAAAUGAUACUUUAACUAGUUAAAAUAAAAAAUAAAUCAAAGAAACAAAAAGAUUUGUUGUAAAAACUAAGGGAAGUGACCGAUUCAGUAAAACAAGCUGUUCUUAAUAAAUAUCUGGAAAAAUGCAAGAACGAAAAUGCAAUUAAAUUUUUUGAAUGGAGGAAAAAAGUAAUGAAUAAAAAUCUUGAUAAAGACCAGUAAUUUGCUAUGAGUUUGAGAAUGGGAAGAAUCAAGAAGUCAGACUAGCUAUUGUUUUAAAAUACCGAUGAAACACUUUAAAAGGAAUUGAAGAGACUAGAAGAGGAUGGAAAAUCCAGUGGUCAGAAAAGCAAGAAGAAUCUGUUAAAAGAUAAGUCAGAACCUUAAGGGAUAUUUAUAACUGAGAAUGAGGAAAGUCUAGAAACACUUCUUAAUAAUGCUCCGCUGUAAUUCUAGUUUUUCCCAACACUUAAUCUAUAGAGAAAGUUUUUCCUUUAAAAAUCACAAAGUCUCAGGCUACCUGACAUACCCAGCUAGUCUCCUUAAUUUAAACCUUCUAUUAAACCUAGGCUACUUGCCUUCACAUAGAAUGAGUUCGAGUCUCCAGAUUGCAAAAGGCAUCUUGAAAUGCUGAGAGAUCCCCUUAAUUUAUCUGCUAUCAAGGGAAAGUUUCCUCUCAGAAAAACCAUUUCAGAGGAGAAUAAUUAAUUAAUACCAGACUCUAACUUAUAGGCAAGUUCUAGCUCCAAUAACCUAGAUUCCUCCUAAUGCACUAUUAAUCAAUCAGACUCACAGGAACUAAUUAUUUAGAGAGAAAAAUCAAACUCUUUCCUAAUGAAACGUAAAUAUUCAGAUAUAUACGGUGGAGAUUAAUUAUCUCAAAACUUAGAGGAUAAAAUCGCAGAGCUUAGUUUCAAUAGUCCAUACUCAUUAAUAAAAAAAUAGAUAGUAGUCAAACGGAAAUUCAAAGAUCCUGUUUGCUAAAUAAAUCUAUAAUAAAUCAAUAAUGAUCAGAAUAUGUAGUUUGAUCAAUAAUUUUCUGUUGUCGAAGAUCCCUCAGAAUAUAAUUCAGAUGAUAAAGAUGAAAGCAAUAUAGAUCCAUUUAAUCUUGCAGGAGAUGAGGAAUAUGAUAUUUUCACCUCAUAACAGAAAUAAGUCUCGUUAUAAAACGAAAUAACUUAUAAGAGGAGGAAUUUAUCCAAAGAACUAAACUGUCUUGACUAUGAGAUGAACUUAUUUGAUCAAAGCAUUUCCAAAAAUAUUCAAGUGCUUGAUCAAGAGGAAGAUUAAGUUAAAAUAUAGAUAAGGCCAAUGGGUAUUGAUUAAACUCUUUAUUCAUUAACUUAAGAAGCUUUACUUUUAGGCAAGCUUUCUCGACCAAAAUACCAUGGUGUCAAUACCAUUAGUGCUGAAACCAUGGCAGAAUUAAUCUUGGAUCCUUCAAAGCCAUUUAUAAUCGUUGACUGUAGGUUUGGCUAUGAGUAUGAUGGAGGCCAUAUCUAGGGAGCCAUUAAUUUGAGCACUAACGAUUAAAUGGAAAGCUAUUUUUUCAAAUCUCAGGACAAUAUACUCAAAUUAAUGAACUCAAGAUCAAUAAUAGUAUUCCACUGUGAGUUCAGUUAGAAAAGAGGCCCAAGUAUGUACAAAUAAUUGAGAAAAUAUGAUAGGAAAAUUCAUGAAAUGUUUUAUCCUGAAAUAUUCUAUACGGAAAUUUAUUUAUUAGAAGGAGGUUAUAAAGAAUUUUAUAGCCUUCAUCCUCAGUUGUGUGAAGGAACUUAUACCCCAAUGAAGGAUGAAAUUCACAAAUCAGAGGGAGAUAAGUUAUUCAAAGAAUGUAUAAUAAAUUCCUCCAUGAAAUUCCAAAGAAACUAAUCGUUCUGUUCAUCUUUAUUUAGGGAACUAGAUCUAUGA